UAUACCACUGCUGGGGCCCAGGAGAGGUCAAUGUGCAGUAAACCUCAGGACCACAGCCUGGCCACAGUGCCUGCUGCUAGGAGGCUCAUAAGGUAGAAUGUCCUUGUCAUUCCAGCACUUUUUGUCCCUCAGCAUCCUGUGCUCUGACCCUGCUCUCACUUGACUUUUUCCCCCCGCUGGUCCCCAGGACAGGAUCCAGGCCACAUACUUUUUUGUACACCCUGAGGGGUGCACUUGGCCAUUGCUGGACCCAGAACUGUGGUGGGUCUUCCGUUGACCUCUGCCAUAGCAUGCUGCUUGCUGUUAAAUAGGCUUGCUCAAGUACUGGCCCUGGAGGGAGAGGUGCUGGCAUGACACAGCUCCCCUGUUCACUGCGCCUGCCACUGUCAGUGUCUCUAGAACUCCUGUUGUGGAAGCCCAGCCCAGCAGCAUGCAUACUUGGUGGAAUGUUCCAGGACACAAAGCUGUUGUAGUAGCAGCAGAUUUCCCCCUUGUGAAAAGGCAACUAUUGGGGGGGGGUGUCCUGAGAAAUUGGCAGAUUGAUAAGUAGCAAGGUAAAGAGCCUCUCUGAGAGAAACAGUUCAGAUGCUAGAAUUUAACACCAUGGAGAAGACUAGAUGAAAUGAGAGGGAUUCUUAUGACCCAGGAAGAAACUAAGGAAAAAAAAAAAAAAGAAAAAAAAAUGUGGAUGGAAGGUUGAAGCCAGAUGCGCUCUCAUUGGAGCUGGUCCCGUGCUGUACUAGACACCUUGGAGUCAGAUGACUGUGGUCGCGCUGAAGCCCUCAGAGGGAGGACAAGUCACAAUGGAAAACAGAGCUGGCACUAAUCUGAGGUGCACGUUCAGGUUUCCGAGCACAAACAUCAAGAUAACAUUCACAGCCCUAUCCAGUGAGAAGAGGGAGAAGCUGGAGGCACCUGAGUCCCCUGUGAAGCCUGUGCAGCCGCACAUCUCCCCGCUGACGAUCAACAUUCCAGACACCAUGGCCCACCUCCUCAGCCCCCUCCCAUCCCCCACAGGCACCAUCAGUGCUGCGAACUCCUGCCCAUCCAGCCCCCGGGGCGCGGGGUCUUCAGGGUACAAAAUGGGCCGCGUAAUACCGUCUGACCUCAGUUUAAUGACUGACAACUCACAGCCAGAAAAUGAAAAGGAAGCUUCAGGUGGAGACAGCCCAAAGGAUGAUUCAAAGCCGCCUUAUUCCUAUGCACAAUUAAUAGUACAAGCAAUCACAAUGGCUCCUGAUAAACAGCUCACCCUAAAUGGAAUUUAUACACACAUCACUAAAAACUACCCGUACUACAGGACUGCGGACAAGGGCUGGCAGAAUUCAAUUCGCCACAAUCUCUCUCUGAAUCGUUAUUUCAUCAAAGUACCGCGUUCACAGGAAGAACCAGGCAAAGGCUCCUUCUGGAGGAUAGACCCUGCCUCUGAGAGCAAACUGAUAGAGCAGGCUUUUAGGAAAAGACGGCCUAGGGGCGUGCCUUGCUUUAGAACCCCUCUGGGACCGCUUUCUUCUAGGAGUGCCCCCGCCUCACCCAACCACGCAGGAGUGCUCUCUGCUCACUCCAGUGGCGCCCAGACCCCCGAGAGCUUGUCACGGGAAGGCUCCCCAGCCCCUCUGGAGUCUGAGCCCAGCGCCUCCCAGCCCAAACUCGCCGUCAUCCAGGAGGCCCGCUUUGCCCAGAGUGCACCAGGGUCGCCUCUGUCUAGUCAGCCCGUCUUAAUCACUGUGCAGCGGCAGCUACCCCCGGCCAUGAAGCCUGUCACCUACACUGUUGCUACCCCUGUGACCACCACCACUUCCCAGCCACCUGUCGUGCAGACGGUCCACGUUGUCCACCAGAUACCAGCUGUGUCUGUCACCAGUGUGGCUGGACUGGCCCCAGUGAACACAUACACAGUUGCUGGGCAAGCCGUGGUCACUCAGGCGGCAGUUUUGGCCCCUCCUAAGACAGAGCCACAUGAGAAUGGAGACCACAGAGAUGUCAAAGUGAAAGUAGAACCUGUUCCUGCGAUUAGCCAUGCCACGCUGGGCACUGCCAGCCGGGUGAUCCAGACGUCACAGGCAACCCCUGUUCAGACAGUCACCAUAGUACAACAGGCAUCCCUUGGCCAACACCAGCUUCCAAUCAAAACCGUGACACAGAAUGGGACUCAUGUGGUGCCGGUCCCCACUGCCGUGCACAGCCAGGUGAACAACGCUGCUGCCAGCCCCCUGCAUAUGUUGGCGACCCACGCAUCAGCCUCGGCUUCCCUGCCCACGAAGCGACAGAACGGCGACCAGACUGAGCAGCCGGAACUGAAGCGGGUCAAGACAGAGGAUAGUGACAGCAUCGUCAUCGCCCUGAGUGUGGAUGCACCCCCGGCGACACUGAGGGACUAGGGGUUCGGAGCCCGUGGCCAGGAGGGCUUUCUCACUACAACAUCAACCUCGUGGUGCCAAAAGUGGACUUUGCCUAGCCGACCUGGCCGGCCUGGUGGAGAAGGCCCUGCAGGCUACCUGCGCCCCAGCGCUGGGACAUGAGCCCAGGUGGCCUUAAUGCUCUCGGCCGACUGCAGUCACACCUUGGUCUAGACGCUGGCUCCCUGUGGGGCGCUCGUGGGGAAGGUGUCCCAUCCACCCAGGGCCAAGCUGCGCCAACCAGAGCGCCCCACAGGACCCGCUGUGGCUGGGAGGCAGGACAGCCUUUGUUGUUUGUGUGGAGUUAGAAUAUUCUGAGGCGUGACGUCUCUGGUCCUUCCCAUCACUCCGUGUGUGCUCUGGAAAGUUCAGAAUCACAGAACCCUUCAUCUGGAUCCAUUUGGGGUCAGCAGCAUCUUCUGUCACUUUUAUUUGUGUGCUGGCGUUGGCCCUGGACAGUGCCCACUCUGUCGGUGGGGUGGGGUGCGGUGUGGCUCCUGCCUGGACCCUGCCAGGUUCCAUCAGGAAGGGUCUCGGCCUGAGGCACGGAAGGCACCUGGCUGGCUGGCAGGUGGGUGGCCAGCUCUCACUUGCUUCUCUAUGUUGACUUUGUCCCUGGCCUAAUUUCCCAACCCGAGUAAAACAAGUCUCCUAAGUGUUGUGUGUGCUUACGCAUGGAGCCCUGCCUGCCCUCAGGAGGGUUUGUCUCAUCACACCGCUCUGAGGCGCAGAUCACGGAUCCCGCUGGGGUGGGAUGGGGAGGGGCGGCGGGCGGUGCCUAGAGGUUGCCUGGGGCUGCCAAGGGGAGUCCCUGAACUUCCAGAACUGAGUCCAACACUAAGGCCGACUUUGGGGCCGGCUGCGCAGCCACGCACCCAGGCUACAGCCUUAUUGUGAAUUUUUUAAUGUCAUCAUCAUAGUGUUAUUUAUUUAAAUGUAGUUGCUUUGGUAUUUAAGUUUUUUUUAAAGAGAGGGGGAAAAAACCCUGUAUUUUCCUGAUGGAAUGAAAUGGCUCAGAAUGGUAUAUUUAGGCAAUUUAAACCAUUUAUUAUUUACAUAAAGACCAAAUAUGAUCAAUCUGUUCUAAGUAUUGUGUGUCGCCGUCUCAAGCUGUCACAGUGUAUUCAGGCGAUGCGUGUGAGUCACGAGGUCACUGCGAACUGCUGGAUUUAUAACUCGGCCAUGUGAAAAUAAAAGUGAGACAUCC